AUGGCUGAAACAGGCCACCUUAGAAAGAAACAACCUUCCGAGUCCGCAAAAAAAGAGUUGGAGUUAGUGGCGGAAUGGAUAGGGGGAAAUGAUAUUCGAUGGCAACAUCUGGGAGGAGGGUUGUACGAGUGUAUUGAUGUGAUGUUGGAUGACAAACUUAGUCGAUAUGUUGAAGAAUUGGAAGAACCCGAAUCUCGACAUCGCGUUUUUCGAGUGCCUGGAUCCAAAUAUGCCCGUAUCCUCGCGUCUGGCGGUGUGGCUCAUAUACACCCUAUCCGUGUACAUGGGGAAGCCGCAACAGUUGACAAAGUCCCGGUCCAAGUUGGAGAGUAUAUCACAAUACGGAAGGAAGUACGUGUUGAACUUGCGACGGAUUUCUUGGUUAUAUCAAAGGGCAAGCCAAAGACAGAAAACGGCCACGAUUCUGGUGGUCAGGAAUAG